AUGGUCUCGCGAAAACGUGCCAGAGAGGAAGCGGAGGAGGACGAUCCCAGUGUCCGUGUUGUCGUUAAGAGGAAUGAGCCGCUGCCGUCGUCGUCACCGCAGGAUGGAGUGGAACCUGGCCUGCUUCACCAACUUCGCAACAUGUGGGAGUUCUCGAAUCUCAUCCAGUUUAUCUAUUCGUUCGGGAAGGCAGUGAAGAUUAGUGAGGAUAUUGAUAUUGACGAACUGGAAUCCGAAUGUCUUAAGCCUGGCCCUUCGGAAAAACUUCUCGAUAUCGGCUUAACCCUGCUAAAAUUUGUGUCAUCCCAUCGCGGACUCACAUAUGAAAAUUUUGAAGACUACACUAGGAGACAAUAUCUAGCGAAAGCACCCUCUCGUAACCCAUUCGGUGACGCGGAGGAGCCGAUAAAGUUUCAUGAUCUAGAUCUUUUCCAGCGAAUACGUGUCUUGCAGCAACUGUCUGUAUGGACGUUCUGGAACCCAGAUCGCAUACGUGAGCGGAUGCCGGAAAGCAAAGAGACGGACCAGAUUCAAUGGCGCGUGGAUGAAAUUGGGUAUGACCGUGACGAGCGACUUUACUACGUACUCGACGACAACAGGUUAUACCGUCGAACUGACCGUCCUAUCCCAGCAGCCAAAGCCGCGAAACCAAAGGCAAACAGCAAAAAGGGGCGGGCACUAGCUCGUGCUGCGAGAAAACGAAAGCUCUCUGGCUUGCAGGAUGAAGAAGAACCCAAAAAUGAUGCAAAUGGAGACGUGAAACAUGAUUCCGCCGGCGGCUAUAAAUGGGAAUGCAUCGCGAUUACCCUUGCGCAAUAUAACGCCUUCCUGGAUACGAUUAGAAGGUCCAAAGAUCCCAAUGAAGAAUUCCUUCGCGAUCAACUUGUAGAGAAUGUUAUCCCCGUCAUUGAGAAAGCCGAGGAAUCUCACCGGCGCAAGAUGGAGCGAAGAGAGAAGGAACUGCUGAGUAUGCAGCUCAUGGCCAAUGCUAAACGCUCCAGCAGAAUUGCAAGUAAGCAAGAAAGGGAGCGUCAGGAAAUGGAGGCAGCCGAGGAGGCACGCAAACGGGAAGCGGAGCGGAUAGCGGCGCUUAAGGAGCUGGAGAAACAGAAGAAGAUUGAGAAAGAGCGCUUGUAUCGGAUGAUGACGCGUGAGCAGCGCCUUAAGGACCGUGAGGAGAAACGGAAACUUCACGAGGAGGAGCUGGCUAAGAUAGCAGAGGAGGCGAAGAAGAUUGAGAGUGGCGAGUCGAGGAUGUCGGAGAGACACUUAAAAGCUGAGAUGGAAAAGCGCAAGAAGGACAUUGAGGCUUUGCAGAAUGAGGAACAGUGGACUUUUGACUGUUCAGGGUGUGGUGUCCAUGGGGAGAAUCUUGAUGAUGGCUCCCACAUUGUCGCUUGCGAGAAAUGUAAUGUUUGGCAACAUAUCAAAUGCCUGGGCAUCCCACAGGACGAAGCUGAGAAAGACAAUUUUCAUUUCAUCUGUCGUGACUGCCAAAGGCGCAUCGAGGAGGCCAACCUGCCUAAGAUCCCCCCGUUGAAGUUCCGCCAGCAAGGAAAAGGCAAAUGGCGAAAGACGCAAGAGACAGGAUACCUCUGCUUCACCUUCAUUCAAGAAAUCCAAACGCCCAUCUACUGCUCCAUCACAGCCACCCGUAACUCUGAGUCCCUUGGCAAACGGCCAUCCACCACCCACUUUUCAGCAGGGACAACAUUUACCACCCCCUCAAUCUAA